AGUCCUUUUUUAUAAACUUGCUUAUUGUGUAAGAACAAUUUUUCAUAAAUUGCUGGGGUUUACUUUGCUCUUGUUGUAUUUUGAAUGAAGGUUAGUACUUUUAUUAAAGCAUGCCAAGAACAAAUUGAUGUUCUGAAAAAUAGCAUUAACGAUGACGAGGCAAACUCAAAGGGAUGGCUGGGCAUUAGGACUGAUUACUCUAAUGCUGAUACUAUAGCUCACAAACAUGGUGUGGUUUUGAUUUUAAGCGAGAGACUCCAUUCAGUCACGUCACGUUUUGAUCAGCUAAGAGCCAUACGCUUCCAAGAUUCCGUUAAUAAAGCAACACCAAGAAGAAAACUUAAGCGGAUUAAGACUACAGAAUCUGCAGAUAUCUCUAACUCUAACAAUUUGGAGCUCAGAGAACCUAAUGAAUUUCAACCCGAGCCUCUAACAGUGCAACAACAACUUUUAGAUGAUGAAACACGUGCCCUUCAGGUAGAGCUGACUGGCCUUCUAGAUGCAGUUCAAGAAACCGAAACUAAGAUGGUGGAAAUGUCUGCGCUGAAUCACCUUAUGUCCACACAUGUUUUGCAACAAGCUCACCAAAUAGAGCAACUAUACGAUCAGGCAGUUGAAGCUACAACGAACGUAGAGCUUGGUAACAAAGAGAUCUCCAAAGCAAUCCAGCGGAAUAGCAGCAGCAGGACGUUUCUUUUGCUUUUCCUAUUUGUACUUACUUUUUCGAUUCUCUUUCUUGAUUGGUAUAGUUAAACGCAUUCUUCGUCGUAUAAAUUAUGUUCUCCAAACUUUCACACAGGAAAUCGGGAAUAAUUCGAAAAGUUGAGUUGAGUGAUGUUUACUUAAAUUACUUGUCUCCUCUUGGGUUCCAAGUGAUUGGAAUUGUAUUUACAGAUGUAUAUUUUUCACUUUACCAGUCCAAGAAAUACCUGAGGUAUGUCAUUCCCAAUUUUAGGAUAGUGUGUUGUAUAUUCAAAUUUUGGAUUUGGCUACAAUACUUUCGUUUAUUUAAUGCAAAUAGCAUUUCGAAGGUUA